UGUCAAUUGUAUAAAUAUUUUAAUGGCCAUUGUUGGGAAAUACGGUCAGAGGAGAUUCAUCACCCUCAAAAAACUUUGGUAUAAUCAUAUGAAAAGAGUGUAUCCAGAUACAGUGGUUGCCAAAUUCAAGCUCCAAAGAGUACAUUAUGUGCUCAUAUUCUUCUCUGGAAUGAUUGGAUUUCAAAAUUUAUUUGCUGGCAGCCUUACCAUGAGAGCCAGAUUCAAGACUUUUAGAAAAAAUCGUGCUUUGGUAGAGAGCCGGUAUGGGGAAACCCAUAGAAAAAAUUUUGGACCUGAUUCAAAGAUCAGCUCCUUAGGAUAUCCAGAUAUGGGAAACAACAUCUAUGCUGAUUGCCUUCCAUACAACGAUUGGAUCCAUAUGAACAACGUAAUAAGAAUGCAUGAGUCAAUGAUUGAUAAGACAGCAACAGUUCUAUCAUGUACCUUCUUAACAGCUUUAUCAUUCCCUAAAACAGCUGCUUUUCUGCUAUCAUGGUACUGCUUAAGCCAGUUCUGGUAUAUGAAUCAUUACUAUAAGAGAGGAAUUAGUAGAGCAGUCGGUUCAGAAGAAGGUCUCAAAAUCCUUGCUUUCCUCAUGACAAUAGGAGCGGGCAUGUCAACCCUCAGAUUACUGGGUCUCUUCAGAUUUAUCGGAAGGUUCAGCCCAGUCCCAAAGAUCAGAGCCUGGAGAGCCAGAAGAGCCGCCUUAAAAGCCAAGAAAUAAAGUUCAAUAUGCUGA